CGGGUAUCCAAAAGAUAUUUCAUUCACUUGCAGGACUUGGUACGGUAUAUUUCAUGAAUGAUCAAAUCCGAGAGAUGCAAACUCAGCAACGAAUGGGGGAGGCUCCUUCCGGUCAAUCGCGUCAGACCGGUCAGCGGCAGCCCCCUUCUGGUCGGUCGACGCCGCGGAGCACGCUGAGAAAGAGUGGCGAUGAGGGAAGUCCGCUCCCCGAAAGCGCUUGUGUUAACAUAGGCCCUAAAGUAGAAAAAGAUGACUUGCAGGGGAUAUCAGAAAUACGGAAUCUUCCAAAAGAAACUAAGAAAAAGGAAAACAAGUCCUCCAUCUUCGAUGUCAUAUUUUUAAAAAUGUCCAGAGUUGUGCUCUUUAUUGUUUUGAGGCUAUUGCUGCUUUCGUGCGGCAUACUGCACAAGCUUUACUUCUUGACCCUUCUAAAUAAUCUCUCUGAGAAACUGCAUGCUCCAGUCCAUAGCGAUUUGUCGAAAGUUGAAAACAAGAAAAGUCAAGCAAUUUCAAUUCUCGUGUGCAUUGCAUUUUUUGAAUUCUGCACAUCUCUUGUUACUCUUUGGAGAGUUGUUUUCCAAGAUCAGAAGACUAAUUGGACAAGACAACACUUAGUGACAGCUAUCCAGCAGGCCGUGAUCACUAUUGGAGAGGUAUAUUUGAUCAUCUAUGCCCUUCCAUUACUGGACAGUUUGAGGGCAUGUUUAGUUGUAACAGUUCUACCACUUAUGUCAAGCAUAUGCAAGUUCGUGAGCACAAUUGGUCGGCUCAGGGUCAAGCGAUGUAUUAGAAAAGGUUCUUUACUCAAACUUUGUGUAGCGGGUUUCCCGGUUUUGGCACUGGCGGGGAGUGUUUUCUUAUUCAUGAAUUGGCUAAUACCAUUUGACAGAGACUUGCACCUAAAAUGGGCGUUACCAACUCUUUUGAUGUGUAAGUCAGUAUGCUAUUUGGAUAAUUUUCUUUGCUUAAGAAGAACUGCAAAUGUUCCAAAACAAACAACAGGUGAACCAGAUUCCCAUUCGGAGACAAGUGAAUCUAAAAUAGAAGAAAAACAGUACAAGACAGAACAUAAACAAGAAUUUAUUCAAUUAACUGUUCGUUGGUUAAUAUGUUUAUUGUUUAUUAUUUCGAUAGUGUUGAAUUUAAAUAUAAAACUAAUAGGAAUAGUCGACAAACAGAAAAAUUCUGAAUCAUCUCUGACAAACGAGAACAUCGAAUCUUUAGCGUACAAUUCAACAACAAAUUCCACACUUGUACCACAACAGGAGAAUGGAAAUGUGACAUUAGAUUUUACGAAUGCUUUUUACCCAACAAUUUUCAACCAAUUGAUGGAGUUUUAUGACAGCUAAAAGCUUGAAAUUAGAACAUUGACUUGUUCAUUUGCGAUUUCACGAUUAGCUUUGCUGGCUUGUCGACUGUCAAUGCAGCAAUUUUCAUUUGCUUUGCCACUCAUACUUUCUCCACUGUUAUCAAUAAUACCUGUUAUUAGUCUUUCGUGCAAUAACUUUCCUGAGAGUAUCGAGCACAUGGCCGGAAUAAGUCUGACAUGUUUUAUAUCUGAAGACAAUGAAAUUGAGUUUUUCAUCGCUUGUUGGGCUUUGGCUUGGAUUGCUGUUAUCACCUUAACGUGGUACAUUUGGGUUCCUCGGGUCGAGAGAAUGGCAAAACUGGAGAGGUACUUUUAAAGAAGUUUUUGUGUUAUUACUAUUCUACAGACGCAUGUAAGAAGAUUGUUGUUUUCCGGCAGUUUUUACGAUUUCUUCUUCCCUGAUUUGAAUAUGCUCCUUCAAAGGAGAAAUGACCAUCAAAUUGGAGAGCAACACACAAACAAUGUACAAUCGAGUGACGUUCCAAAAGUCAUUAUCUGCGUAACAAUGUGGCACGAAACAUGCCAAGAAAUGUGUCAGCUUCUAAAGUCUAUUUGCAGAUUAGAUCUGCAUUUAUCUAUUCGAGAGGAAGCUGACACUGUAGGCGAGGACGGAAUCGGGACAGAAGACGGAAAACAAGACGCUGAAAAGAAAACACAAGACCCUGAUAAAAUUCAAAUUGAGGUUCAAAUAGUAUUUGACGAUGCAUUUUGCUCAACAAAAAACGGUCGUGAGGUUAAUGAAUAUCUGCUCCAGUUUAUGUCAUGUUUGCAAAAGGCUGUUAGAUCCGUGUUGAAAGACAAGGAGUUCGUGAAGUGGAAUAAAACAUUCCAAAGGAAAGUGGUUCAGACCCCUUAUGGUGGACAAUUCGUUCUAUAACUCCCAGGCGGUACACAAAUGACGGUGCAUUUGAAGGAUAAGAAAAAGAUAAGGGCCCGAAAACGAUGGUCUCAGGUGAUGUAUAUGUACUAUUGUUUGUUGUACAAAAUGGGAAAGACCUAUCCAGAUACGAUUAAAGAGGAGCUGAAGAAGACAUUCAUUCUAACCCUUGACGGUGAUGUAGACUUUGAACCGAAGUCAGUUCUACGAAUGAUGGAUCGAAUGAAGAUGAACAACCGUGUCGCAGCAUUUUGUGGCAGGAUUCACCCAAUAGGAUCAGGUCCAAUGGUGUGGUACCAACAAUUCGAAUAUGCAGUCGGCCACUGGCUUCAAAAGGCAUGCGAACAUAUAUUCGGUUCUGUGCUAUGUUGCCCUGGAUGCUUUUCUAUAUUUCGAGCAUCUGCCCUAGUUGACGAUAACGUCUUGAAAACGUACACUAAAGAGCCAGAGGAGGGAAAACACCUUGUGCAGUUUGAACAAGGCGAGGAUAGGUGGCUUUGUACUCUUCUCAUUAAACGAGGAUACAAGAUAGACUACUGCGCAGCCUCAGAUGCAAAAACGUUUGCGCCAGAAAACUUUUGGGACUUUUUUGUUCAACGACGGCGCUGGUCACCAUCAACAAUGGCAAAUAUGAUUGACUUGGUCCUUUGUUGGAAACAAAUAGUCCAAAACAACAGAGAAAUCAACCAUUUGUUUAUGCUUUAUCAAUUAGUACUGGUUGUAACAAGUGUAUUAGCUCCUGGAACUGUCCUUGUUAUGAUAGCAGGGUCAUUUAGUUCAGUAUUAAGUUUGAAGCCAUGGAAUGCAUUUUUCGUAGCCGUGACUCCGGUAGUGUUGUUCGCAGUGUUAUGCCUGACAGUAACUCAGAAAAAGCAACUCCUUGUGGCCGCAAUACUAAGCACAGCAUAUACGUUUGUAAUGGUUAUUGUGACAAUCGGCAUGAUUUUAAACAUUGUGAGCGAGACAGUUCUUUCUCCAAGCGUGAUUUUCCUUAUAUUUGUUGGAGCAGUAUUUUUAAUAUCGGCCUUGCUUCACCCUCAAGAAUUCACAUGUCUCCUUCCUGGCUUACUAUAUUACGUUUCUGUGCCUUCUACAUUUAUUUUUCUGAAUGUAUUUUAUAUGUGCAAUUUACAUGACAUCCGUUGGGGUACUCGAGAAUCCAAAUCUCCAUCAUCCCAAACGCAAGGACAGAGUGGAAAUAAGAAAUCGUUUAUGCGUUUGCUUAUCGCUCUUGUUCAACAAUACUUGCAAGCAAAACUCGGUGAAAUUAACCCAAAUGGUCCCGAUUUGGAACAGGUUGAAAGACAACAAAGCGAACAACACGUGGAAAUGAUAAAUUAUGAAGACGAUAGCUACUGGAUAAAAUCACAAUUAACAGACUCAAAACAAAGGUUAAAAAAAUAUUUACUCAGCAAAGAUGAGGACACAUUUUGGACAUAUACAAUUCACAAAUAUUUGAAGCCACUUGAAAACAAUAAGAAACUCCAAGAAAAAUUUAAUCGUGAAUUAAUUUCGUUGAGGAACAACUGUGUGUACGGUUUCUUUAUGUUGAACUUUAUGCUAGCAUUAGCACUGUUGCAAUUACAAGUAAGCAAAGAAAGUUUAAAUGGGUUUUAUAUCGCGGGGAAAUAUGAACCAUUAUCAGUAACGUUCCUGUCUAUUUUUGCAAUUUUACUUUUGACCCAAUUCAUUUUUAUGCUUUCCCAUCGAUGGAGAACUUUCUGCCAUUUUAUUUCGAGCACAAAGGUAUUUGAGUGCUUCUGUUCAAGACGAAAAAAGACUAAAGCGCAAGAAUUUCAAGAACACUUGAAGGAGAUUGAGCAUGAUUUGGAGGAAGAUGAAGAAGCAGAUGAUCCCCCGCCUAAUAAUAUGAAUGAGCCUGAUGUUGAUUAUGACGACUUUGAUUGCGAAACCAUUUCUGAUACGGCAUCUUCUUCACCAAGUAGACCAAACGCAAGAACAUUCAAUAUUUACCGUCACAGGAUACAGACUGUGCGCAAUAAAAAACUACAUAGACAGCCGAUUAAUGAAUGUUUGUAUCAUCUUGACCAUGGUCGUGUUGAUGGAUCUUUUUUACGACCUGGAGUUAAAUACCCUAGCAACAUUUUUCAUGAGGACAGAAGAGGUGGUGAGCUGAUAUAGUGAUAAUGAAGUCCGCGUUAAAGUAACAGACUACAGUCAACUGAUUACUACCUUUGUAAUGUUCCAUGUUUUUGAUUGUACACGUGUUUGUUUAGAAAUAUAUUCAGUUACAUUUAAUCGUAUUUAAAGUUUAAAUAAGUGGUUUUAUGGCCGAGUAUUGUCUGUUGUACCGACCGUACAUAUGUCA